AUGGAGGAACCGACUGAAAAUAAAAGACGUAAAGUCUGUUCAGGCUUUUUGCGUAUUAUUGACAUCGACAACGUACCGAAUCAAAAGCAUCAUCGUACUGUGUUCAUUGUUGCUAUAAGUAGUUUAAACAUCUUUAUCCACCUUCUAACAUAUAUCAACAUCAGCUGGCAAGGUCAACCGUUUCGGUACGCUUUAUCUUCUAUUUUCAUGUUUUUCAUUCCAUGUAUGCGGCCAACAUCUGACGCGAUUCGCUUGCUUAAUAUCCGCUGUAACUCACUAGAGUCGAACAAAACAUGCUAUUACAAUGAUAGGCUCCAAGGAAUCUGCUCUUCAUUCAUGUAUCCAUAUCAAUUAUGGCGAUUCUUCACUGCUUCUCUUUUUCAUAUGGUUUGGUAUCAUUUAGUCAUAAAUGUUUCUAAACAAGCUCUUUACGGAUUCCUCCUGGAACGUAAAUACGGUACAAUACGUGUUAGCAUCAUUUAUUGGCUUUCAGCGCUCAGCAGUUGUCUAACUUUUAUGUUGGAGCAUAGAGAAGCGCCCGGUUUUGGCGCAUCCGGUUCUAUCUAUGGAUUAAUAAUAUUUUUGAUUGUGGAUCGGCUUGUUGCAUUGCAGGAAAACACUGAGCACCGAACUUUUAUACUUUUGCAAAUUAUCGUACUAAUAGUACUUCCUAAUGCUCCUACAAUCAUUUCGAUAUAUAUUUUCAAACUAAAUGUAGCACACUCAGCUCAUGUCGGUGGUGGUUUAGUUGGUUUACUACUUGGGAUUGGUAUGAUAGGCUGCCCUUUGCCGUGGAAUUAUCGUCAAUGUCACUUUCGAACAAUGUGCCGGUGCAUAGCAUUUACUCUUCUUUUUAUUUAUUUUACGAUAACUGUAUCCACCUUUUUUUUAAUGGACGCUCCAGUUUGUCAUUGGCUUUUCGCAUUGUAG